AUCGAACACCAUCAACAUUUAACAACGCAACAACGGCAAUCGACGUCAUCCACGGUCUCGAGCUCUAAUCUGGCUAUCUUUCUCGUUACUAGGCCGUAGCCUUUCUCUUCUGGUGGAUCCAACGUUUCCACAUCUUGGCGAAACCCACGGGUGUCAGCACAGGACGCCGAUCAACACGAAGUGGAUGUCACCGGCAUAGGCGUCUGCCCCUUCGUGCACAACCGCAAUCUCAACCUCUCACGGUACGAAUGGCAUACAGACCACCGGACAGGCCCUCAUCGACGACCAGCAACUCCAGAUCGUCCUUGUCGCUCUUGAGACGUCCAUCUUCUCUUCGAUCUCUCAGGUCCAACUCUUCACAAACGGCAUCCCAUCCGUUUCGGUCAUCAGUCUCCCAAGCUAGUUUCACGGGAAGCCAUUCGUUCGCCAGCCCCCAGGCUGUGAGAUGGCCAGCGGCGAUGGUUCUCGGACACUUGAAAGUAUUGGAUCGAGCAGGGGAUAGGGCGAUAGCGUACGGCAAGGCGACUCGCGAACUGCUCGAUGCCGAGAGUGGUCUAGACGUAUGGAUGCACGCUUUCGCUCAGAGGUCUUCUCAACCGAUGACGCCUCUGAGGCAGACGCCCGGCACGCCAGGAGCCCUUCCCUCUGAUGAAACUCGCACAUUCUCCCCUGCGACCGUGGCAGACACCACAGCGGACAUGGUCAACGUCGACCCGAAGUCGAGUCGUCAGAUGCUAUCUGCCGGUCGACCCAGCAUAGACCAAUCAGCCAGAGAUAGGAACGUUUCCGGAGCAUCUCAAUUCCCCAUGCGUACCAGCGGUCCGACGACUCAGGUAGAUCCGACGGCUUAUAAAGCUAAAGAGAUCACUCAGCCAGCUUUGAUCUCGGCACCCAUCGAGUCGGUCCCUAACGAUCUGCCAUAUCCCUCGUUGGCCAUCAAGGAAUCUGAAACUGCAAGCUCGCUUGCGUCUGCGACUUCCGCCCCAACUCCUAAUGCCCGAGCGGCGACACCGAAAGGUGGGAUUCUCAAUGCUUUCCGUGGCGGAUCCAAGAAGGAAAAGGAGUCACGGAGGCGAUCUCUAGAUCCUCAACCCAGGGAAUCGCAUGGUGGCCUCGAUCGCGUCCAAUCGCGCAUGAGCCAAGACAAUGCAUCACGACCGGCUGGUCCCAGAAGCAUGGCCAAAGCCACGCCUUCUCAAGCUUAUGCUAGCAGGAAUAGUAUGGAUGUCCCGGUAGAAGGGCGAGCAUUGUUGUAGAGUAUUUGACAAAGGCAGACAAGAUAGGUAUAUGGAGAGUACAGGCCAGGC